UUCACGAUCUUAUCAUGUGACUUGUGCAUUUUGGUUUCCCAGGCAACAGAAUGGGGCUCAGAUGAAGACACCAGGAGGUCCUGUCAGAGUAAAGGAAAAACCGAGGAGGAAUGUCAGAACUACGUGAGGGUGCUGAUCGUCUAUGGCAAGAAGGUUUUCACCUGUGGUACCAAUGCUUUCUCACCGUUGUGUUCCAGUAGACAGGUAGGAAACCUUAGCAAGAUCAUUGACAAAAUCAACGGCGUGGCACGAUGCCCGUACGACCCUCGGCACAACUCGACGGCCGUGAUCACGUCUCGAGGAGAGCUCUACGCCGCAACCGUCAUCGAUUUCUCUGGACGGGACCCUGCUAUUUACCGCAGCCUCGGAAACGUGCCCCCGCUCAGGACAGCCCAGUACAACUCCAAGUGGCUAAAUGAGCCCAAUUUCAUUGCUGCCUACGACAUUGGGUUAUUCACCUACUUCUUUUUCCGUGAGAACGCGGUUGAGCACGACUGUGGGAAAACCGUCUAUUCCCGCGUGGCAAGAGUUUGCAAAAAUGAUAUUGGGGGGAGGUUUUUGCUGGAGGACACAUGGACAACUUUUAUGAAGGCCCGGCUGAACUGCUCCCGCUCCGGAGAGAUACCUUUCUAUUACAAUGAACUGCAAAGCACCUUCUAUCUCCCCGAGCAAGACCUCAUCUAUGGAGUCUUCACUACCAACGUAAACAGUAUAGCUGCCUCAGCAGUGUGUGCCUUCAAUCUGAGUGCCAUUACUCAGGCAUUCAAUGGCCCUUUCAGAUACCAGGAGAAUCCAAGAUCAGCGUGGCUGCCAACUAUAAACCCCACCCCUAAUUUUCAGUGCGGGACGUUGAAGGACGACAGCCCUAAUGAGAACCUAACUGAAAGGAUCCUCCAGGAUGCCCAGCGCUUGUUCCUGAUGAACGACGUGGUUCAGCCCAUGACUGUAGAUCCGUACGUGACUCAGGACAGCAUUCGGUUUUCCAAAUUGGUGGUCGAUAUUGUUCAGGGGAAGGAUACUCUCUACCACGUGAUGUAUAUUGGGACAGAGUACGGCACCAUUUUGAAGGCACUUUCUACCACUAAUCGGAGCCUGAGGAGUUGUUAUUUAGAGGAAAUGCAAAUUCUUCCCGCCGGUCAACAGGAACCAAUCAAGAGCCUCCAAAUCCUGCACAGUGACAGGUCACUGUUUGUGGGUUUAAAUAAUGGAGUGCUAAAAAUUCCUCUGGAGAGGUGUUCAAUGUACAGAACAGAAGGGGAAUGUCUGGGAGCCAGAGACCCGUACUGCGGCUGGGAUAACAAACAGAAACGCUGCACGACCAUCGAGGACAGCUCCAACAUGAGCCUGUGGACUCAGAAUAUCACCGAGUGCCCAGUGAAAAACCUGACAACAAAUGGAAGGCUGGGGCCUUGGUCCCUGUGGCAGCCGUGCGAGCAUUCGGACGGGGACAGCACCGGCUCCUGCGUGUGCAGGUCGCGGUCGUGUGACAGCCCUCGCCCUCGCUGCGGGGGUCGCGUCUGCGAAGGGGCCCGGAUUGAGGUGGCGAAUUGCUCGAGAAAUGGAGCUUGGACACCAUGGUCCUCCUGGGCCCCGUGCAGCACGUCCUGCGGGAUUGGCUUUCAGGUCCGUCAGAGGUCGUGCAGCAACCCUGCUCCGCGGCACGGGGGCCGGGUCUGCGUUGGACAGAGCAGAGAGGAGCGAUUCUGCAACGAGAAUACCCCGUGCCCUUUACCGAUAUUCUGGUCUUCCUGGGGCCCCUGGAAUAAGUGCAGCGCGAACUGUGGUGGAGGGAUCCACUCCAGGCAGAGGUCCUGCGAGAACGCCAACACCUGCCCUGGCUGCGCCGUGGAAUACAAGACCUGCAACCCAGAGAGCUGCCCAGAGGUGCGCAGGAACACGCCCUGGACCCCCUGGAUGCCGGUGAACAUCACCCAGAACGGAGCCCGCCAGGAACAGCGCUUCCGCUACACCUGCCGAGCCCAGCUGGCCGACCCCCACGAGCUGCAGUUCGGGAGGAAGAAGACGGAGAGUCGCUUCUGCCCCAAUGACGGCUCAGCAGUCUGUGACACGGACUCUCUCGUUGAAGAUCUCCUGUAGAGCGGUAAGACCUCUGCACGGAUAAUCAAUGGUGGCUGGUCUUUCUGGGGGGCCUGGUCUUCCUGUUCGAGGGACUGUGAGUUGGGCUUCAGGAUCAGGAAGAGAACGUGCACAAACCCAGAACCUAAAAACGGCGGCUUGCCCUGCGUAGGGUCUGCAAUGGAGUAUCAAGAUUGUAACCCGCACCCCUGCCCAGUGAAAGGGUCGUGGUCUUGCUGGACGCCCUGGUCACAGUGCUCAGCCACUUGUGGGGGAGGACACUACCAGCGCACCCGCACCUGCACCAACCCGGCGCCAUCCAGUGGCGAGGACAUCUGCAUCGGCCUGCACACCGAGGAGGCGCUCUGCAAUACGCACUCGUGCGAAGGCGGGUGGUCCGACUGGUCCGAGUGGAGCCUGUGCAAUGAAGAUGGGGUCCAAUAUCGCAGCCGCUACUGUGAGAUUCAUGACCCCAAGUCUUCCCAGUGUGUCGGGAACAGCACGCAAUACCAGGACUGCCUGUACAACGAAAUUCCCGUGAUCCUGCCAGCUUCGAGCAUCGACGAGAGCACGAACUGUGGAGGUUUUAGUCUCAUCCACUUGAUUGCCACUGGGGUCUCCUGCUUCUUUGGCUCUAGUCUCCUGACGUUUGUGAUCUACGUGUACUGUCAGCGCUGUCAGAGGCAGUCCCAGGAGUCGACUGUUAUCCACCCGACCACUCCCAACCAUCUCCAUUACAAAGGCAACACGACCCCCAAGAACGAGAAGUACACCCCCAUGGAGUUCAAGACGCUUAACAAGAACAAUUUAAUACCCGAUGACAGAACCAACUUCUACCCCUUGCAGCAAACCAACGUGUACACUACUACCUACUACCCCAGUACACUGAAUAAAUAUGACUACAGGCCUGAGGCCUCCCCUGGAAGGACCUUUACCAACAGCUGAUGAUGGACAGAUCAUGCAAGGACUGGAUCCAUUCCUAUAUGAAUUUUUUUUAAUUGGGUUUAUGGACCAAAUAUUGGCCCAGUCUCUAGAUGUAAAUAUUGUACAGUAGGGCCUUUUUUUUUGGGUUUACUGUAUUACUUGUAAACACCACAUCUCCUUAAGCGGGCAGAA